AAGGAAACUCUGCAGGAUUUAGGCUUCCCUGCAUCUCUGCCAAGUUUGGAUUAUCUCCUACUGGAAGACAAUAAGUUGACAUCCCAAUCAGUGUACAGUGUCACUCAGUUUGCCAGUAACAUCAUGCAUUUGAACAUUCAGGACAACAGGUUAACAGACUUGGGGGGUGUUUACACGUUUAUGACUCAGUUCAGACGUCUCCAGCAUCUCUUCCAUGGCGGAAACCCAGUGAUGUGGUGCCCGCUCAGUAGUCAAGUUGGUCCAAAUAAUAUCCAAUUUCUUGAUCUUCACAGCAACUCCCUGCAGGCUGUUUGGGCUCAGGGCAAAUGUCUUAAUCUGUUUGACAGUCUUGAAUAUUUGAUCAGUCUCAGUUUGAGAUUGAAUGGACUGCAGUCUCUUCCUCAAGGCAUUUUCAACGGUCUUAGCUCACUGAGGGAGAUGGACCUCUCAUCCAACUCCCUGACGUAUCUCCAGCCUGAUGUAUUACCCAAAAGUCUGAAAGUCCUUGACCUUUCCAACAACUUCAUAGCAUCCCCUGACCCUGCUGCUUUCCACUCCCUCAGUUCCCUUGACCUGGCAAUGAACCGAUUCCACUGCGACAUUAACCUGGCAAGUUUCUUGACUUGGUUGAACAAUAAUAACAUAACAUUCCUGAGUCCUGUUGAGCAGCUCAGAUGUGAAUUUCCUUCUAGUUUCUAUAAUGUCUCUCUAUUAAAUUAUGCAGCUCAGAUGGCACAGCCUGAAAGCAAAUGAAAAUGAACAAAUGUGUGAGUUAUUUUGAGAUAAAGCCUAGACUAUAACGAAGGAACAAUCAAGUAGGGUGUGUAAUGAUUUAUAUGUUGUCGAUUGAAGUAAUGCAUUUGCGCUUUAUUGAGUAUGAUCUGAAUUUGUAAAAAUGCCUGAUUAUGAUACUUAGGGGAAAAAUGCCUUUUUAAGGUAAUGUAAUAAAAUCCUGUUUUCAUUUAUGCUGGGUUCCUUACUCAGUAUUUCUUCAGAAUGGAGCAUACAUAGAAAUAAAUGUGUCAUUUCUCUAUGGUGACCUUUUAUGUUCAACAAAUUAUGCUAUAAUGAUAUCCAAGGCUCAUGUUGACCUGACAGUCUUGUACGUUUCUUUUACAUUAUGAGAUUAAUCUGUUGAAUAGGAUUUACUUGGAUUCAGUUUGAUUUUGGAUAUCAAAUACUUUACAAAUAAAAAAACAUAAAUAAACACUCCCCUCAAAUAAGCA